AUGAAGGCAUAUGGAAGACUGUACGUCGCAUUCGCGUUGGUGACCGCGUUCGCAGCCCGUGCAAGCGGAUGGCCCACGAGAGACGAGAUCGUUCAGACUAUCUAUCAACGCGCCUUGACCGACUCCAUCGAUCUUGAAACCAUUCCAGCCUCCGCUGCGACAUCUGCUCUUGAGAGUAUAGCCGCUACGUAUCUCAAUAUCGAAGCACCCAAACUCGCGCAGCGGAGUGUUUCCAAUCUUACCAACAUGAUCGACGUUCACGCACAUUGUGUACCUGACUGGUUUCGCGCAAUCGCUCCCACGGCCGGCGGGAAUCCAACACCAUCAUGGAAUGUCACUGGGCAUCUUGACUUUAUGGCAAGCCAAGGUAUCUCACAUUCAAUAUUGGCCUUCUCAUCACCCGGCGCAAACGUGUAUCCAGGCAAGCAGGCUGCUACUGUUGCCCUCGCUCGGUUAAUCAACGAGCAGUCUGCAGCGUAUGCACGAGCCUACCCAAGCCGCUUUUCUUUCUACGCUGUCGUUCCGCUUCCGUACACACAGGACGCUAUCGCGGAAGCGGUGUAUGCGCUCGACGCGCUUGGAGCUGCUGGCAUUGCUCUUUAUUCUAACUUUGAGGGCCGCUAUCUUGGUGAUCCGUCCUUUACGCCCUUCUUCAAGGCGAUGAAUGCACGUGGUGCAGGCCAGAUCAUCUAUAUACACCCUACAACGCCGUACAUGCUCGUGAAUGGCUCGCUGAUCGAAGCAAACCCGACUACAUACCCGACCGGCAACAUAGAGUUCUACUUUGAAACGGCACGCGUUCUUCAAGAUCUCGCAGUCACGCAGACGAUCCUCAACUUCACGAACAUCAACUACAUCAUCCCCCACGUCGGUGGUGCAUUUCCUUCUGUUGCAGACAGAUUGUUGAAGUCGUUCCCAGCGAUCUACAACCGCACCAUGUCUGCAUUACAGGCACGCUUCUUCUGGGAUUCCGCGGGUCCGACCUACUUCCACCAGGUUGCUGGCCUUCUCGCGUACGACAUACCAAGGACGAAUCUCUUGUUUGGCACCGAUUUCCCGUAUGCGCCAAUCUUCACGUAUGCGCCGUCUUUGCUAGGUAUCGAGACGUCUCCGUUCGUUACUCAGUCUGAACGUUUGGGGAUCUUCUUUCGCAACGCGCAACGGCUCUUUCGCAAUCGCUUCUCUUUUUAG